GUCUUGGAAGAUGGGUUUCCAACCAGCUUCCACACUGACAAGACAACUCAGCACGGCAACCUGUCGGGGCAUCUGUUACGCAUGUGGGGGGAAGGAUUCAUAUCAGCUCACGCUGUGCAAAAAAUCUGCCACAUGGCUUAUCUAGAUGGCUUGAAGCAGGAUGCAGUGGGCAAGCUUGCCAGCAUGGGCAGCUGGGGCAAGCAUCCUGGAAAUGUCACUCGGGAUUUGAAGGCUUUCGUCUCCCGAGAAGUUGGAAAUCCAUAUGCGAAUUUCCGCACCGUCUCGUGCCAAUGUUGGAACCCACGCACUAGCCAGAAUGAGGCUGCCCAAUUGGCAUACUUUGACCCCAAAGAUGUUUUGGACAGUCUUUUGCAGAGGCCGGAUGAUUUCGACCGCAUCUUGAACCCGUCCGGAAUCCAAGACUUCUGGGCCGGGGUCAAGGAUUCCGACCCGAGAUUUCAGAUGCUGAGCCGAGAAGUUAAUGUAAGCAAAGAGGAUUUGCAAAACUGCAUCCCGCUUUGGCUUCACGGUGAUGGUGUGGAGUAUGUCGAUGGGCGAUCUCUGAUGGUUUACAGCAUGGGUUCGGUGCUAGCCACGGGCUCGACCUUGGACAGCACACUGCUGUUGGCAGGGAUCCCGAAAGACAUCNNCGAGGAUCCGAUCCCGCCCAACGAGAUGCGACAGGUGGAGGAUGAGUGCAGAGCCAGACGUUCUCCUCACCUGAUUUUCACAAUUCCUGNNGUCAGUCAUUUCUCAAUCUGCCAGGAUGCCAUGCACAUUCUUUUCUGCAAGGGAGUCCUUUCCCACUGCAUGGGAAACACCCUGAAGCACUGGUGUUGGCACAGCAAUCACGCAUCCUUUGCUGGCCGCCGCCCUAAGGAACGGUUGGGAAUAAUCUACUCCGCGAUUCAGCAGUUUUACAAGCUGUACCAGACCACGGCUGUGCUUAGCCUGUUGAAGAUGUCAAUGUUCGUCAAUGUGGACAGACCGCACAAAGAGCAGCCUUUCCUCCGAACGAAAGCUGCUGAAUCCAAGGGUUUGGUGCCUGUCUUCGCCUCUCUGGCUCUGGAGUUCAACGAGGGCACCGAGACGGACGAACUCAUCAUCCAGCUCUACGACAGCAUGUCUCAGCUGCUGGAUCUCAUGGACAAUUCCGGACUCUUCCCUUCAGACGAGGAAGCAACCCAGGCGAUGGAGUGCAUGAAUUUGUUUUUGGAGAGCUAUUCCGAUCUUAGAGCCAAUGCCGAGAGUGACAAGCUCUGGCACAAAACCAUUAAGUUUCACAUGAGUCGGCAUCUGGCUGCUGGCUUUCAGUGGAUGAAUCCAAAACGAUUUUGGUGCUUCAGCAAUGAAGACUAUGUAGGUCGAAUCUCGCGGCUGGCCCACAGUGCCAGUUUCGGUACCUCUCUGCUGGUGCUCUCGCAGAAGGUGGCCGAGAAAUAUCGGCAUUUGCAGCAUGUGCGCUUUUGCUUGGAGUAA